AUGCUGCAGGGCAAGAACAUCCAGGAUGUGCUUCAAAAGACCUUGAAAGCUGUCUCGACCAUAGGUUCGGACCACGGUUCUUUAUAUUCAUCGAUACUUCUUUCAGGAAUCAAUGGAAGCAUAAUAUCGUAUGCUAAUAGCGACGAAACUCCAUCGUCGUACAACAAAUCUGGCAACAAUUUGAAGAUGAUGGCGUUGCUGAUACGUGAUAAAUGGAGCGAGGACCAGUCGGACCAGAGUGCGCAGAAGACUUCCAGCUGCUACAACGUGGAGCUUGAUGAUGGGUCUGCAGCCGCCUCAACGCAUAUCUACACAUAUGAGCUUGAAGACCUGCAUGCUUGCGUGGCUCAAAUCCCUCGCAGCGACCUGCUGCUGUUAUUCGUCGCCGGCGGCGAGUAUCCAUACGGGCUGGAAGUAUUGAAGAUGAAAUUCGCAUUGAAAUCGUUUUCAAGCAUGCACGAUUACAAACUGAACUAG